UGUGAUUUUGUACAAACCUCAGAAAUUCAUUCAAACCUCGAAAGACUCACGUAAAAUUUGCAUCUCAUCUCGAAGGCGUGUUUGUUUGGUAAAUUUCCCAGUGCAAAUUCAGCAUGUCGGACAUCAAAUCCGAGAUAGACAGUGAUAUUGAGCAGAAUUAUUCCCUCAACAGCAAUGCCGACCCGAAAAACAUGCACGAGCUGACAAUUUAUGUGCAGAACCUCCUGCAGAAUGUACAGGACAAAUUCCAGUCCAUGUCGGACCAGAUUAUUUCCCGGAUCGAUGAUAUGGGGAAUCGCAUUGAUGACCUGGAGAAGAGCAUAGCAGAUCUGAUGACUCAAGCAGGCGUCGAGGGUCCGGAGAAGUAAGACCUUUGACCAGGAGUGCCCCCUGGACAAAGAUGCGAACACUCCACCGUACUCGGCUUCUCACCCAAUCACCUGCUCAACAUGCUAUCAUUUUGUACGUUACUAACCCAGGAACCAAACUAACGAAGGCUCUAAAGUGGAAGGCAUUGAUUAGGAAGCACACCAGGUAAUCUAUUUGUAUCCACCCUCUGAAUAAUAGAGAUAAUAAAAUGUCUCUGAGUAGAAGAA